CCUUCCUCACUCUUAUCCUUGGUUUUGAUUAAUAUGAGUAGUUGAACUUUUUUAAUUUAACAAUGGCGAUCCUUCACUUGUCACAUUCUUCACUGAUCUCGACUAUUACAUGUUCACAAGAUUCCGUCAAAACACAGAAGACACUUAUUGCGACAGACUCUGUCUCGUUCUUCAGAUUAUGUCCAUGCGGAAGAAGGCAUUUCAUAAAAGGAGCUAUGACUUCUAUGCCGCUUCUUCCCAUCUCUCCCUCCUACGCUGCUUCUAGCUCAACGGAAGAUUUGAAGAGGUUGCGUCCUCCAAAGCCAGACUGGUAUGAUGAGUUUUUUGCUUGGUCUAUGGAUACUAGUAUGGAACCGUAUGAGAAAGAGCUUUCGAGUUACAAGAUGAAACUAUUUGAUAAUUUGGUGGGAAAAGCCGAAAAGGUUUUGGAGAUUGGCGUUGGAACAGGUCCCAACUUCAAGUACUACUCAGCUAUUCCAAACGUUUCUGUUCUUGGUCUGGAUCCUAACGCUAAAAUGGAGAGUUAUGCGCGUAAAUCCGCAUCGGAAGCAGGGCUGAAACCAGAAGAUUUCAGCUUCAUUCAUGCGGUCGCAGAAGCUAUACCAUUAGAAGAUGCAUCGGUUGAUGCAGUUGUAGGGACUCUCGUGCUUUGUUCUGUCGCAGAUGUCACACAAACACUCAAUGAGAUAAAACGGGUUCUAAGACCGGGUGGGGUUUACCUUUUCAUAGAACAUGUUGCAGGAGAAGAUGGAUCAUUUUUGAGGUUGGUGCAGAAUGUGUUGGACCCAUUGCAACAAGUUGUUGCCGAUGGAUGUCACUUGACGAGGCACACCGGAGAUUACAUCUUAGAAGCCAGGUUCAAUGGCGGUGCAGAUAUCAACAAGGUCUCUCUGUCUAGCUUGGCUUACUUAAGCUCUCAUGUCUAUGGGGUUGCUUACAAUUAGAAGUACAGGACGGGUGUCUUAGACUCAUACCUUAAGAAGCUUUAGUCUUGAUAACUCGACGAUGCCCUUUCUUCCCAUAUGUUCUCCUAGUGCUUCACGAUCCAAGGUGAUUUAUAUUUCUUUUCCCGUGGAUGCAUUGGCACCAACGUGGAUUUACAUGUAAAGAAUGUGUUUUUUUUUGGCAGCUCUUUGUUAUAAGUUAUAACUUGUAAGUUUGUAACACAAGUCUCCCAUGAUAAACGCCUGAAUCGCAUCUCCUUUAGCUAAUUGGAGGCAAUUAUUG